AUGCUCUGCAGUUCAUGUCGAAGUGUGCCUAGCCUGGAUCUGAGGGUCAACCGCUACACGCCCGAACCCCUGUGGGCCCGGCCCCCCGACAGGGAGACCCGCCGAGCAAAGCAGCGGCAAGUCGGUCGCGUGCCUAUCCUUCGGGCGCGUGUGGUGAUCUGGGAGCUCUCGAGUGAAAAUCUUCGUCUUGGCGGAGAGGGCUUGGCUCCGGCGCAGUGCUUUAUAUUCAACAACCCUGCCAAUGACAGGAUGGAUCGAAGGGUGUGGCCGCCGGCGCUCAAGGAGUUGUUCUUCGGGAUGAUGUUCGACAGCCCGUUGGAGAAUAUGGUGUGGCCGUCGUCGCUGGUGAAGAAUCUCAGCUUUGGCUGGCUGUUCGACCAGCCGAUGGACCUCGUCACCUGGCCUACAUCCCUCACGGAAUUGUGGAUCGGGCGGAGCUUUAACCAGCCCGUCCAUCAAACCGUGUGGCCUCCGUCUCUUGAAUUGUUCAAGUUUGGGAGAUACUUCGACCAGCCUUUAGACGAAGUCGCCUGGCCGUUUCCUUGGCCAGCAUCGCUUCAGAGUAUGCUAUUUUUAGGCAUGGUGAGGAACGCUUCUAUCGACCGCGUGGUGUGGCCCGAGUCACUCAAUAAUUUAGGGUUGGGAGAGGGCUUCAACCAGUCACUAAAUGGGGUCACUUGGAACGCAUCGCUUCGGCACCUGGACCUGGGCGAUGACUUCAACCGGUCAAUCGAUGGAGUUACGUGGCCCCCGUCACUGCAGCAGCUUUCCCUCGGGGAGAAUUUUGAUCAGUCGAUUGGCAAACACUUCAACCACCCCGUUGUUAUAGCCACGUGGCCAAUGUCCCUGCAAAAUAUUUCGCUCGGGUUCGCGUUUAACCAGUCCAUCGCCGACGUCGAGUGGCCUGGAUCCCUUCAAAAGUUGGAUUUGGGCGAGCUAUUCAAUCAACCAAUCGCUGAAGCGACGCUGCCGGCCAACCUCCAGCAGCUGCGGUUCGGGUCGUUGGGUUCCCACUUCAACCAGCCUGUGGACAGGGUCCGUUGGCCUGCGUCACUGCGAUCGCUUGAGUUUGGGAUAUCCUUCAACCAGGUACAGCGUGUAGUGGCGACGGUUUAA